CAAAAGUGGCGAUGUGAUUUUUCAGUUUGGAGUAGUCAGUAUUCUUGUCUGUCAGGCUGUUUAUAUAUAGUUAUUCAGGACGGCAAGAAUUCGGUAGAGAGGAAAGCGGUUUAACCACAGUUUCUCCUUCAUAAUUACCAUUGAGCACAAGUUCAAUAGUUCGAACAUGAAGUUCCAGGGACAAUGGAAGCCUUUUGUCAUGAUGGUGGCUGUUAACCUAGGAUUUGCUGCUGUGAAUGUUCUUUUUAAGAAGAUUCUUGAUCACGGAGCCAACCAUUUGGUUAUUGUUGCAUACCGACAGUUAAUUGCCGCUAUUUUCUUGGCACCUAUUGCCUUCUUUGUGGAAAGGAAAAUUAGAUCCAAGCUUACUUUUCAAAUCUUAUGUCAGCUCUUUAUCAGCGCACUAAUUGGGAUAACGCUAGCACAGUAUUUCCUCCUUCUAGGACUAAAAUACACAUCUGCUACUUUUUCGUGCACAUUCGUCAACAUGGUUCCUGUUAUCACAUUCUUAUUGGCGUUACCAUUUGGAUUAGAGAAGGUGAAUAUAAGAAGCUUGGCUGGGAGGAGUAAGUUGUUAGGGACACUUGUUUGCUUCGGUGGAGUUAUAUUAUUGAUCCUUUACAAGGGAAAGCCAUUGACAAACCAGCAUCAUCUAACAAAUCAACACGACAUGACAAUCUCGACAAGCAAGACUGACAGAUGGGCCAUUGGUACAAUAUUUUUGAUAGCAGGAUGCUUUGUGUGGUCGUCAUGGUUCCUUAUGCAAGCAAGAAUUGGUAAGAGCUACCCUUGUCAAUAUUCUAGCACUGCUAUUUUGUCCUCCUUUGGUGCCCUUCAAUCGGCCAUCUUGUGUUUGAUAAUGGAGAGGAAUCUGUCUAGCUGGGUUUUGAAAGGAAAAUUGGAGAUAGCAAGUGUCAUAUAUGCUGGCGUGGUGGGAUCAGGCUUGUGCUAUGUGGGGAUGGCUUGGUCUGUUAAACAAAGAGGUCCUGUAUUCACAGCUGCAUUUUCUCCUCUCAUACAGAUAAUUGUAGCCAUAUUUGACAUGUCAGUUCUACAUGGGCCACUUCACCUUGGAAGUGUUGUAGGAUCUAUCCUAGUUAUAAUGGGCCUGUACAUUCUGCUAUGGGGUAAAAGCAAAGAGAUAGAAACAUGUCAGACUCAAAGCAAGCAAGCCCAAGUUGCUCAGCUGCAAGAUGAACAUUCUACUGCACUUUCACAAUUUAUUCCAGUCACUACAGAUCCAGCAAUUCCUUGACUAUUUUUGGUGUACAAACACCAACGGUAUUCCCUUUCCAAAUUGUUUUUGGUUGCUUGUAACACCAUUUAUAGGAGCCCAGUUGGUGUAUUUGUGUUAGUGUACUGUAAUGGA